UUUAUGGGCAGAGAGAAAAGGCGAAGACAUCACGCCAACUGAGGACUGACUUGGUGAGACGGUUUGGGAAGGUUUUCGGUGUGUUUAAUUAGGUUGUUUGUUCAAAGCAGUGUAAAUGUACCACCAGAAGCCUUAAAGUGAUACCUGGAAAUCGAAACGGUGACACGAUCGAUUUGGCUCAGCGAUCUUUCUUGGUGUUUUCGCGAACAUGUCUCGAGGUUCGUUCAAGGUUCCUCGCUCGUCGAAAUUUAAGCAUGUAUUUGGGAACCCUUACAAGAAAGACAGAUGUUACGAAGCCAUCAGAUUGUCGACGAAAUUGACGGAGGGAGGCAGUCUCUGUGCAGUAAACCCUAAAUUUCUGGCAGUGGUGGUAGAAUCGAGUGGUGGAGGAACAUUUCUAGUUCUCCCGCUUGAACAGGUUGGACGUGUGCCCAUAGAUGCUCCAAAAGUAACAGGCCAUGGGCGGCCUGUGCUAGACAUUGAGUGGAACCCUUUCAAUGAUCAACAAAUUGCUUCCAGUUCAGAAGAUAGCUCGAUCAAAAUAUGGCAUGUUCCUGAUGAUGGCCUGUCAAUGGACCUUGAUGAAUAUUUAGUUGAUUUAAGGGGCCACUCACGGAAAGUCAACAUUAUUCGAUGGCAUCCCUGUGCAGAGGGUGUAAUUGCUAGUGCUGCAUAUGACAGCGAAGUAAGAAUUUGGGACAUUGUAGAUGACAGAGAAGCCGCGACAAUUCUCAAGGGACAUCCUGAUAUAAUUUUUUCACUGUCUUUCAACUAUAAUGGCAGUUUACUAGCAUCCACCUGUAAAGACAAGAAGAUAAGAGUCAUAGACCCCAGAGCUGGACGACUUGUGGCACAUGGUAUGGGACAUCAAGGAAACAAAAGCUCUCAUGUUGUCUUUCUCGGCGACAUGAACAUGCUUUUUUCAACAGGAUUCUCAAGAAUGAAUGAGCGACAAAUAGCUAUCUGGGAUGUGAGAAACUUGAAAAAGGCUAUUAAAAUAGAUGCUGUUGAUUCUUCAUCUGGUGUUCUGCUCCCUUACUAUGAUCAUGACACAAGAAUUGUUUAUCUUGCUGGAAAGGGUGAUGGAAAUGUCAGAUAUUAUGAAUUGUCUGAUGCGGAGCCGUACUUCACUUUUCUUAAUGAGUACCGCAGUUCAUCUCCCCAGCGUGGUUUUGGUGUUAUGCCAAAGAGAGGUCUUGACGUAACUGCUUGUGAGAUCUAUAGGUUUUAUAAGUUACACAACAACAACUUUGUGGAGCCAAUUGCCAUGACUGUCCCUAGAAGACAAACUGGCAUAAUUCAGCGAGACUUGUAUCCAUUAACCCCGUCAGAUAAACCUUCCAUGAAAGCUCGGGAAUGGAUCGACCAAGGUUUAAACAGAAACCCAGACCUUAUGGACCUGUUGAAAGACUUUCCUCUUCAAGAUGGUGAGACAGAAACUCGUGACAUGAGAUCAAGAGAGCAGAGAGAAGUUGCCAGUGCAAGGCAAAUGGCUACCAGGAGUCCAACUUCAGAAUCACCACCGAAAUCACCUGUAAGAGUUAGCAGUAGAAAUGAAGAACGUCGUUCAUCUGAUACAAACCAUGUACCGUCAAGAGGCCAGAAUGGAGAGAGUGAUAUCCAGUAUGUCAAAGCAACUGAAGUAUUAAGCAGGCCUGACACCAAACACAAAGAUCCUAUUCAGGUAACAGCCAAAGCAGUGGUAAACAGUAGAGUGUCAUCUCCAGAGAAAAGACGGACGGGUGGAGACAGGCGCUCAGGAGACUUUGCAAACUGGGAUAUCGACACUUUACGACUGGCGUACAGUGACCAGAGAGAGGAGAUCAUCUUCCUACAGACACAACUUAGAGCCAGAGAUGCCAAGAUAGCACAACUUGAGAAAGAAAAUGAUUACUUUCGGGAAAAAUCCCAGAGGUUCUGAUGCUGAGCAAUGUCUAACACAACUUCAAAGAAAACGGUAGAUGAUUAUAAAAGAAAGCGGUGUGUUUGGUUGUUAAAUGACAAACAAUCUGCGCAUCUGUUAAUUAAAAAGCUAACGGGCAGGUUUCCCUAUCUAUGUGUAGAUGCUUCAUCGAAAUUUAUUUCUGUGAAAUGAUGGUGGUCAGAUGUAACCUGCUAGUGUUUGUCUUUAUUUAUGUGCAUGUUUUUUAAAACUAUUGUUAUUUGUUUCUAGUUUGAUAUAAUUGAGAAGAAAGGCUAUAAAUUCUCUAAUCAUUGCAUUUGAAAAAUUAGAAGACAACUCACUGAUGUAAAGAGGGUAAAAUCACAUUGUAAUUACGUUUAGGCAGCAUUAUCCUUUACAAAUCAGGAAACUUGGAAAUGCAAAUGACUGUGUAUAGCAUUUGUAAAUUGCACACGGCAGACUUUUUAGCUAGUAUCGUAAAAAAAAAAUCAUUUCCAUUACCGAGAGCUAUGUUUUGUACACAGGCUAACCUGAGCACUAUAUAAGGCUAACCAGAGUGCUAAUUAGGCCUAAAUGAAAUCUGCAGUCUGUAGAUGUUUACAGCCUUUCAAUAAAAGGCAAAUUAUCGUCCCAGAACCGUGAAAGGCAACAGAUUAUGUUGCCAAAAGCUCAAAACUUAGUUUGUUUUGUUUCGAAAAGGAGCAAUGUGAAGUUAACACCUGGUGAUUUCUCUUAAUUCUACGGUGUAUAUAUUAAGCCGAUAAUAAUAAAUUAGAAUAUAGAUAAAUUGCAUGUGCAGUAUAGACAAGAACAGUGGCUAGUAGAAAUUCCACCAUGCUUCCCCGCAUUACAGUUUAUUGAUUUAAAUUUCCAGAAGAUUGGGUUCAUUCCUUGAGUUUUCAUGUCAUAAGCUCUAAGUAGUAAUUUUAUUAACGGCUAGGAUUAAUUAAGGCUAAUUAGGCUAUUAAAAGUAAUUUCAUGUUUCAAUCGGACCAAACCUUUUAAUUCUGCAAUAAAAUGGUUUUUCCCAGUCCCACAUUUCACACCUUAAUGGCGCGAAAUGUAAAUUUGUACUUUAGUAUAUAGAUGACACGUUGCCGAAUCAGAUUGCUUCAAAAUUUCAUGGAAAAAA